GCGCCGCCAGGUGGCAGGCAGGUCAGCCCGUGACUAGCGCACGUGACGCCGUGCCGAACAAGGCUGGCGGGUGCCGUGGACGGGCCAAACCACCGGCGGCGCGGCGCGGCGAGCGGCGAAAGCGGGACGACUGCCGUCAGUUUUUCCCCAGUGCGCGGCGCGGCUCGCAGCGGCGGCAGCCGGCAGCGAUGAUGACCAGCCUGGAACCCGCCGGUGACAGGGAUCUGAACCUGAACCACGUGAAGGCGGCCGACGUGUUCGCCUCGCACGCGGUGGCCUCCGAGCGGCGGGUGUCGGAGGAUGGACCGGCCAUCAUGGAGGAAAUCAACCAGGGACAAAUGCUAGUUUUGGCAGCACUGAAGGAGACGAAAAUGGCGUACUCAAGGGACGAAGAGCGGUCUUUAAUAUCUUCAUUUAAUAAAGAACAACGCAAAUAUGGAAGUACUUCAACAUAUGUCAACAAACCUGAAAGGUUCAUUUCAUAUGAAAUCCAGCCCGGAGAUACAUUGCAAGGAAUAUCACUCAAGCACAACGUAACGAUGGAGCAGCUGAAGCGGGCCAAUAAGCUGUGGACCAACGACAGCCUGGCGCUGCGGCGCACGCUGCUGGUACCCAUUCCUCUGGAGCCGGGCGGCGAGCAGCAGGCGCCGCCGGCCGCCGGCGCCGCCGCCGUCCUCUCGGCCUCCACCAGCCUGGACAGCCUGCACUCGUCGUCGUCGUGUUCAACGCGCACCAACGGCGUGCCCCGGUCGGGCUCGCAGACGGAGCUGGACCGCUCGGAGCAGAGCGCCGCCGACUUCCUCAGCGGCAUCGACAGCGUGAUCGCCAGCAGCCGCACCAACGUCCAGAAGCUGGGCACCAACCAGCCGCUGUCGGAGCUGGACGAAGACGUGCUGUUUGUCCGGCCGGCCCACUCCCGUCUGCGCCGUGACCUGUACCCUGACCCGGCGGCCGUGCCGGCCACGGCAGUGCGCGGACGGCGCAGCGACGCGCGACGGCGCACUGAGCAGCGGCACAACGACAUCUUCGAGCUCUGAUACAGGCGGCACAGCGACAUCCUCGAGCUCUGAAGCCUGUGCCAUGGCGAUACCGUCAAGCAGCUCCGAUAUCGUCACCGCUCGCAGCCAGACGACGCUGAUGCCGACAGAGGAAUCCCGCGUGGGCUGAAUGCUGUCGUGGUGGAGAGGGCGAUCCUACGAAGGGCGUUGGAUGAAGGGCCCAUUGGGAGAUUAUCGUCCUACUUAACGGUGCCCGCCACCUGCCGGCGACUGGCUCGGUGACAGCCUGGCAGUACAGUGGAUCUAGUA